AUGAUCGGUAGCAUCGACUGUACCCACUGGACUUGGAGAAAUUGUCCACAUAGUUUGCGUGGGCAAUACCAUCGGGGUGAUCAUGAACGCCCGACUAUCAUACUUGAGGCUGUUGCUUCCUAUGAUUUAUGGUUUUGGCAUGCCUAUUUCGGUGUUGCGAGCUCAAACAAUGACAUCAAUGUUUUGAAGCAAUCGCCAUUGUUUAUUCCCGAAGUGAAUGGGAAGUCACGUGAGUACACAUUUACCGUAAACGGUCACCGUUACAACAGAGGAUACUAUCUAGGGGAUGGUAUUUACCCACCUUGGUCUUGUAUUGUGAAGGCGUAUGCAUACCCGGUCGCGAGAAAGGAGAAGAUAAUGAAGAAACUCCAAGAGUCCGCGAGAAAAGACGUUGAGCGAGCAUUCGGGCUUCUGGAGAACAAGUGGGCUAUCAUCGAUCGACCGACAUGA